CACAGCUGCUGUCACGCAUUGAGAUCGUACUACACCUGUCUUUACCGAGGUCAAGAUGUUUGUGGAUGAGCGGAUCUGGACUCUGUUCAAAAGGAAUGCCCAUCACACACUGACCUACUGGAGCGUUUUCUUCAGCUUUGGACUCUGCAUUGCGUUCCUCGGACCUACAAUUUUGGACUUGCAAUGUCAAACAAACUCAACACUUAGUCAGAUUACCUGGGUGUUCUUUGCUCAGCAGUUCUGCUUGUUGAUCGGCAGCUCUAUCGGUGGUGUUUUCAAGAGGACGUUGUUCAGUGCCCUAGCUGCCUUAUUUGUCUCUGCUCUCCUCAUCUCUAUAAUAUUUGCCAUCAUCCCUCUGUGCAAUAAUGUUCUCCUGCUUGCCAUCGCCAUGGCUGUGUCUGGGUUUGCAAUGGGAAUUAUCGACACCAUCGCCAACAUCCAACUGGUGACCAUCUAUCAGAGGGACUCGGCUGUUUUCUUACAGGCUCUUCAUUUCUUUAUCGGUUUCGGAGCCCUGGUGAGCCCACUGAUUGCAGAUCCUUUCCUCUCAGAGACGGGCUGUGGAAACCACACAGAGAACGGGACUGAGAUCAUGCAUCAUUUCAGGAACAUGCUGAGAAACAGUCCGAUUGCAGAGCACAACAUAACUCAGAGCCUCCCGGCCCACGAGGGAGGGGAAGAAGAGGAGUCCAUCGUGCACUACGCUUUCUGGAUCAUGGCGCUUAUAAAUCUGCCCGUGCCCAUCGCAGUCCUGUUCUUGAUGUAUCGAGAGCAGCUGAUCCCAUGUUGCCCCAGCAGCACUCCUCGUCUUCUGGACAAAGAUGAACUGGCAAUGGAGAACCAGCAGGGGGCCGAGGGCCCGGACGAGGAGCAGAAGAACCAUGAAGCUGGAGGUCAUGGGGAUAUCUUUAGCUGCUGUCAGAAUGAUAACCUGCGCGGGCUGCCAGUAUCCUUCUUUAUGAUUCAUAUCCUCGGCGGGAUGGUGCUCUUCAUGACCGAUGGUAUUGUGGGUGCAUAUGCCGGUUUUGUGUACACCUAUGCUGUGGCACCUCCUAUGUCACUGCCUCAUAAAACAGCAGGUUACCUGGCCAGUAUCUUUUGGGCCGCGAUCACUGCUGGACGUCUAUUAUCGAUUCCUCUCUCGUACCGUUUCCAGCCUGUGAGACUGCUGAUGUUCAACCUGGCAGGUGCUAUUGUUACAGUCUUGAUGCUGCUUAUUUUCUACACCAGCAGCACUUUCCUGUUUGCCGGGACCUGUUUAUGUGGGCUUUUCCUCAGCAGCGUAUUCCCCUGCAUGCUCGCCUAUACUGAAGACAUCCUUGAUUAUCAGGGAUGUGCAACGUCAGUCCUGGUGACGAGUGCAGGGAUGGGGGAGAUGGUGAUGCAGGUUCUGGUUGGCUCAAUUAUCCAGACUGAAGGCAGCUACAGCUUCCUGCUGUGCGGAAUGAUAAUCGCCUGCAUCGGUUUUAUCCUCUUCAUUGGUCUCCUGCUGUUCCAUCGAAUGCACAGAAAUUACCUCACAGGAACAUCCAAAAAGUCAGCCAUGGUGGAGGAACCAGCGACAGAGCAGAAUGGAUCCACCAGAACAGAGCAGACAGAGGAGGCGGCUGAGAACAGCUGAGAGGAGCAGCAGCUGGGUUUUGUCCUUCAGUGGCUACCAUAGUAUUACAACAAUCUAUCAUCAGAGGUGAUAGAUCAAAGAAGUUUUACCAAAGCCUAACGAACAUUGUGCCGAUAUACUUUUCUUGUGCUGGAAAUGACGCUGUUCUUGCGAAAUAGAUAGUGUGCGACAUGACAUUGUUAAAGGUUAACGUUAAACUUUUAGAUUGUUUUUUUUUUAUUUAAAAUGUGAAUUCAUUUGUUUGUUUUUUUUCAAUUUUGCAUCAGGGUUUGAAAUUUACAAAACAUGGAUUUUGAUUACUUAUGUGAUACUUUUGAAGGUCUAAUGUGUAAGAUGUAGUGACAUCUAGUGGUGAUGUUGCAGAUUGUAAGUGUCUACGCAAAAUAAUGGCAGAGCUCUGAUCAGGCCCAAAAUAUCAGUUCCAACUUUUUCACAAUUUCUGUCCAAGUCCGACCUGAGCCUGAACCACAGCAGCAGUUUUGAGAUCCUUACCUGAUUAAAAACCCCAAUUUUAGUGUAAAAAAUAUAUUAUAUAUUAUAUAUUUUUUACCUUCAAGCAUUUAUUACAAGCUAAGAGCUGACAUGUUCUCCUUCUCCCCUUACUUAUUUUAAUGUUUGUGCACAAGUUCAGCAGAGUGGGCUGCGCCCCUCGGUGCAUAUAAUGUGCAUGGCGGUCCGUGCCGAGUGCAGAUGAUGACGAUUGCUUUUUGCUGCAUGAUGCUUACAUCUGUCCCACUGCUGGGAAGGCAAAAGCAAACACUGCCAACCAAGUCCCCCUGCAGCCUCUCUCUCUCUCUCUCUCAUUUUCUCUCUCACGCAUGCUUUCUCUCUCCCGCAGUUCUUCACCACACUAUAUUGCUCAGUUGUUCAGUCACUUGCAAGAGAACUGCCAGUUUUAUGGAAAAAAAACACUUCAGAUGAAUAGGUGAAAAUCUGAAAUUACAGCCCAAACCCAGCAGGUCAGGUUAGGCUCAAUCGAGCUUUGGCAGAGAAUCAGAAUAUUAAACAAUGGAGGCUGACUCAAAGACAGAAAUGGCCCUAACUAGAGCCGUGUUUGAUUUGUCCAUCCUGGACAACUGUAGAAACAGCAUGGUGAUAAUUAUGGUGUUAAUUAGGUUUUUUGUUUUGU